UUCCCACGGGCCGAAAUUUGAGGGAGUUUAUAAAUCCUAUUAAGGGUUUGAACUCCAACCUGGGGUCAUUGGAAGCCGUUGAAGAUUUUGUUUUUAAAGGACCUUCUAGUCUCAGUGUAAAAAUGGAUCUGGAGUGGCAAGACUAUAGGCUGCUAUAAUUUAGCCAGUCAUGGUAGGAAUGGGAACAGCAAGAUGGCACAGGCUGUUGUGGCAGCCUGGUGUUGGCCCCCACUGCAAACUCAUGUUUUACCAGCUUUGAUGGCUAUCAAGGUGGACUGAGGCACCUGUGAGGAUCAGUGCCCCCUCACAGGAGCCCAACUGAGGAAAGGAGCAGAUCACCCAUGAACUGGCAUAGGCAGAACCCCCCACCACCAUGGCCCACCAUGACUCCAGCAGUCUUUGGACGAUGGGGAGCCAGAUCAACAAGGCCACCUACCUCUAGCCAUUCUGGCAUUGGCCAGAGGACCAGGUUGGAGAGCACUAGGCUGGACUCAUUCCUGGACUCCUGUGGCCAUCUCUGCUCUGUCUGAGCCUUAGUCCAUGGCUGCAUCGGGAUUGAAGUGGCUGGUGGUGGCCAGUGCUGCCCUGCUACACCUCCACGCUCGGAGAGGGGCACUGACCUCUGACUGGCAGCUGUGCUUCUAUGUGGGCUUCCCAGUGUCUGGAAAGUCAGCCUCACAAGUGCUUCAUUCCAAGUAAUGAAAAGAGACUGCUUCUGGCCAUGAAGUAGCUUGCAGUAGACCACUGCCUGCUGAGGACUCAAAGAACUGGCCAUAAUUCAGAAGGCAUCAGCUUGAAGAUCUGCAGAAUCGCUCCAGCAGCCACGACUCAGAGGGGAGCUCAAGAAGGAUUGAACCCACAAUUCUUUGGUGCAUGGAACAAUGCUCCAACCAACUGAGCCACACUGGCCAGACCUGAGAAGAUGUCUUUGAUGCCAAGAAUGCUUGUGAUCACCUGUCGGGAUUCAGUUUGUAAGAACCUCGUGGUUUUGUACUGUCAUGCCAAAAGAGCAUUUCAGAAGAUGGACACAGGAGAAACAGAUGAAGCUUCUCAAGGAGAAAUAUGGCAUCAACAUAGAUCCAUCAAAGACCAGCUGGCCUGAUCUGUGGCACUUUUGUGACUUAGACCUUGGUCCCUACUGACUGCUGCCCUCAAGCUACCCUUGCUCCUAGACCUGUCGCCCCCCUGCAGCCCUGCACCCACCUUCGUACAGCAAGACCCUUCCAACCCAGGGAGGAACCCGGCUCUCCCCACAUGGGGCAGAGCCCCCUUGGAUGGGGCGGUGGGCUGCAUCAUGGCACCCCAUGUCCUAAUUCCUGGAACCUGUGAACCUGAAACCUGGAAUCUGAAACUUAAUAGCAAAAAAAGGACUUUGCAGAUGUGAUUAAGGAUCUUGAGAUGGGGAGACGGUCCUGGAUUAUCUGGGAGAACCUUAAAUCCAAUCACCUAUAUCUUUAUGAGAGGGGGCAGAGGGAGAAUUGACACACAGAGGGCAGCAUGAAGAUGGAGGCAGAGACUGAAGCGAUGUAGCCACAAGCCAGAAACCCCAGGAGUCCCAGGAGCUGAAGAGGCAGGAAGGACCCUCCAUAGAGCCUCUGGAGAGAGUGUGGCCUCGCACCACCUUGAUUUCAGCUCAGUGAAAUGGAUUUUGGACUCUGCCCUCUAAAACUGUUAGAGAAUAAAUUUAUUGUUUUAAGCCACCAAGUUUGUGGUGACUUAUUACAGCAGCCACAAGAAAUGAAUACAAAUGGGAAAGUCAAGGAUUCCAGAAAGAAAUGACAGGACCCAAGGCCUAUCAUGAAACCUCAUAGUUGCUGCCUGACAGUGUCCUUGUGACUCGGGUCACCUGUGCCUGGAACCCACAGGCUGUCUUCCUGCCUCAGAAUGUUCUCUACUGCCUUGCUGGCCUGGCACCCAAGACCUACAGCUCCCAGUGCUGCAUCGCACAUGUACCCCAUAGAGCCCCAGCUUCUAGCCAAGGUACCUGCACCCUUCACAGCUAAUAGAUUAAGAAGCAGUGGUUGGGAUUGCUAAGAGAUCUGCUAUGCUCCUGGGCCACAGAGUAGUCACUAUGGACUCCAUUUGCAACAUUCAGUGUGGAACCUUGACCACUGGCUCCAAGGUCAUCUCAAGUCCUGCAAACCGGAGCAGAGCCAGGACCCCACCUCUCCAGAGCACACCUGCUCCCCGUCCCUGGGAGAGCAGCAUGUGUGAAGGACACACGAGCUUUUGGCCCAAUUAUUAGACUUUUUAAAACGAAGUGCAAAUAUCAUGUGCUCUUUUUACAGCACCAGGAACCUGUGCCUGUUAAAACAAACACAUGCCAACCACUCACCUGUGUGGGAAAGCCACACAGGCAGCACCACUGUUCUGCGUCCUUCAGGUGAUGCCCCUGGAAAGGUCACAGCCACCUAAACCUUUAAAAUCCCAGGGGAGACGAGCAUUCUAUUUGGGGAUUCAGCGCUGUAGCAGUUCUGCAUGGGCCUCUCAGCUCUGUUUCUUAAUAGACUUCCCUUUGCAAAUUAUUUUUCUUAAAGCAACAAAAGGAGAAAAUUGGUAUCAAAGAGUAUCAAUUCCUGGUUCUUGGCAGAAUUCCCAUCAUCUUUGGUGGAAGUCACGUUUCAGAAUGAAGGGUGCCAGGCUGAUGGGGGUGCUGCUCACCCUGGUGGGUGUGCUGCACGUGGCCCUGCCCCUGAGAAUAGCAGCCUUCAACAUCCAGACUUUUGGGGAGACCAAGAUGUCCAAUGCCACCCUCUCCAACUACAUUGUGCAGAUCCUGAGUCGCUAUGACAUUGCCCUGGUCCAAGAAGUCAGAGACAGCCACCUGACAGCCGUGGGGAAGCUGCUGGACAAACUCAAUCAGGAUGACCCCAACACCUAUCAGUACAUAGUCAGUGAGCCACUGGGCCGCAGCAGCUAUAAGGAGCGCUACCUCUUCGUGUUCAGGCCUGACCAGGUGUCAGUGUUGGACAGCUACCAGUAUGACGAUGGCUGCGAGCCUUGUGGGAACGAUACCUUCAGCCGAGAGCCAGCUGUUGUCAAGUUCUCUUCCCCAUUCACCCAGGUCAAGGAGUUUGCCAUCAUCCCCCUGCAUGCGGCCCCAUUGGAUGCAGUGUCUGAGAUUGACUCUCUCUAUGAUGUCUACUUGGAUGUCCGGCAGAAGUGGGAUAUAGAGGACAUCAUGUUGAUGGGUGAUUUCAACGCUGGCUGCAGCUAUGUGACCCCCUCCCACUGGUCAUCCAUCCGCCUGCGCACAACCCCCACCUUCCAGUGGCUGAUUCCUGACACUAGUGACACCACGGUUACAUCCACACACUGUGCCUAUGACAGGAUUGUGGUUGCCGGAGCUCUGCUCCAACAUGCCAUCGUUCCCGACUCAGCUGGUCCCUUUGACUUCCAGGCCGCAUAUGGACUGAGCAACCAGACUGCCCAAGCCAUCAGUGACCAUUACCCGGUGGAGGUGACGCUGAAGAGAGCCUGACAAGAGCAGGUCCCAAGGCCCUGGCUGGAGACCUCUAGCUUCUGUAGUUUGCCUGUGGCUGUUCCUGGGGACCUGCACAAAGAACUGAAGAUGGCGGCUGGUCCUGUUGUCACAUUCAGGUUCUGGGGAUGGGGUUUAGGAAACCAGUGUGAGUCCCCUGAGCACAGGGCCAGCACCCCCGCUCUGCGCCCCCACCCUCCCCUUCCUACAGUCCCUCUGACCAGCUUGAGGAAGGGGAUGGAAAGUAGGCU